UGGCCGCGGCCGAGAGGAACCCGGAUGUGCCUGGGCAGCCGUGUUGGCAGUCGGGGCUCCGAGGUUUGGGCACCCCGGGGGUGCAGGCAGCCGGGGCGGAUGGCGCAGGGUUGGGCCGGCUUCUCUGAGGAGGAGCUGAGAAGACUAAAGCAAACUAAAGAUACAUUUGAACCACAGCGACGUAUCCCCUUAAAGAAAAGUCGACAGCAACUUCAGCGAGAAAAAGCCCUUCAGGAACAAAGCCAAAAACUUGGACUUCAAGAUGGAUCAACCUCUUUACCUCCAGAGCAGCUGCUUUCUGCACCUAAACAGAGACUUAACACUCAGAAACCACAUUUUUCUUCCCCUAUUCUUCCUCUCACCUCUCCUGUUGGUGACGGAAAUCCAAAGACUAUUGAAAGUCAACCAAGGGAACCAGGACAUGAGAAUUACCAUGAUGGUCACAAAAAUACUGAGGUUCUUCCUCCAAAGUCAGAAUGUAAAUUGGAGCAAAAGAAAGUGGAAUUGUUAGCAAGACAAAUCUCGUUGGGAAGUCCUCCAACAAGAGCAACGGCUAAUGGAAGAGAAAAAUAAACGUAAGAAAGCUCUUUUGGCUAAAGCUAUUGCAGAAAGAUCCAAAAGAACUCAAGCAGAGACCAUGAAACUAAAGCGAAUCCAGAAGGAGUUGCAGGCUUUAGAUGACAUGGUGUCUGCUGACAUUGGAAUCCUCAGGAACCGGAUUGAUCAGGCCAGCAUAGACUAUUCAUAUGCUCGGAAGCGGUUUGACAGAGCUGAAGCAGAGUACAUUACUGCAAAGCUAGAUCUACAGCGCAAGACAGAGAUAAAAGAACAGCUCACGGAACACCUUUGUACAAUCAUACAGCAAAAUGAGCUCCGAAAGGCCCAGAAGUUGGAGGAGCUUAUGCAUCAACUGGACGUACAAGCUGAUGAGGAAACUCUGGAGCUUGAGGUGGAAGUAGAUAGAUUGCUGCAGGAACAUGAGGCAGGUGCCGGGAAACAAACCAGGCUGGGUCAGCCUGCUGGGGAGAGUGUGGUGUUAGGAUUUACUCAAGAGAACAAAAAGCAUCAAGAACAGGCUGUUUCCUCAAUGGUAGAUGAACAGCGUGAACAUUCCAAUAGCAUCCCCCAUCUUAGUCCAGACUACCCCCAUCAAGAAGUUAAAGACAUUUCAGCUGCUCUAGCUACAUGAAGGGCCAGUAUUCUUUAAACAAAUAUGGAUGGUAUUCAGCAAAGUGUACUUUCUGCUGUAGAUUAUACCCUGAUCUCUGAUAAAAAUUCCUCUUUAAAACAUUGUUAAUUCUUGAAUUCAUGAUUAGUUUUAGUAGGUUAACAUAUUUGAUCAUUCUAAAGUCCCAAGUUAUGAUAAUGUUAUUUCUAAGAGAUAUGUUUCACCAUGAUUUUGGACCAGUUCUUUCAGUGUUGCUUUUACUCUUAUUUCUGGGUGAAAGUAAGUGACUUAAAUGGAUGAACGAAAAACUACCUGACUAGCGUGUUUUUAUGCCAGGUAAAUAUAGAAGGUAGAAUGAAAAAUGAUAUUUAAUAUCUAAUUAAACUCACUUAACUUUUCCUGGAAGAAAUGUUGAGAAUGGAAGUCCUGUUUUAUGUAGUCAGUAAAAAGACAUAAAAAUUACUAUGGGAAAAAGAGAAAGACACAGAGAAGAAAACCAAAAGUUGCACAUUGAAUUAUCUAUCUGGAUCGUAAUAGAGUUG